GGUUCUCAACGCUCUCCCUCAACAGCCCCACAUACCUGUGGUUAACUGCGGAGGAGCUGCCUACCUGACCUUGACGGGCCGGUUAACGGUACCUCAGCUGCAGCGCUUCCCGUCUCUCAGCCGUGUCAUUGCUUACGCUUCCCGGGCGUGUGUGCCUCUGCCUGCCUAGGUACAUAGGUAGCCGGUCUCAUGUUCUCUCGCUUAUCCCAAGUGGCACGCCAUCUCUCGCGACCGCUGCCUAAUCUCGCCCACUCAUCGUCCGCCGCAGCAUCCGGGAUCUCCAGAAUGACGAGCGUAAACAGCGCUGGCGACCCAUCAGGGGCCGGGGCACGGAAAAUCCACACGGCAGCGUGUCUGAUUAUUGGCAACGAGGUCCUGGGCGGAAAGACCAAGGACACAAAUUCCCAUUAUUUUGCCAAAUGGUGCUUUAACUUGGGAAUCAUCCUGAAGAGGGUCGAAGUCAUCGAAGAUGACGAGUCCGAGAUUAUGGAGGCGGUCCGCCGCAUGAGCAACCGCUACGACAUGGUGGUAACAAGCGGCGGAAUUGGGCCGACCCACGACGACAUCACGUACAGGUCCAUAGCCAAGGCCUUCAAUCUCCCGCUCGUCCUCCACAAGGAGGCCUUCGCCCUCAUGAAGCAGCUGUCCAAGCCCCACCCGAACCAGCCCAACUUCAACUGGGACGAGGACUCGCCGGCGCUGCGGGCGAAGCUGAGGAUGGUGGAGCUUCCUACCGACGCCAGCCGGCCGCUGGAUGAACAAUUCCUCUUCCCCUGCAAGGAUAUGUGGGUGCCCGUGGCCGUGGUGAACGGCAAUGUGCACAUCCUCCCCGGCGUGCCGAAGCUCUUCGAGAAGCUGCUCGACGGGCUGACGCCGUACAUCCUGCCGCGGCUGGCGGACCCCGAGGGCAGAGGCAUCGCGCGAGUUAUCAUCUCGACGCCGCUGCCCGAGAGCGCCGUCGCUGCCUACCUGGCUGAGCUCGCCGAGAGGGUGGAGCCCAAGGGCGUCAAAGUCGGCAGCUACCCGCGGUGGGGCAAGAAGAGGAACACCGUGACGCUGGUCGGGAGAGAUAAGGCAUAUCUGGAGAGCAUCGCACCAGAGGUGGUCCACUAUGUCAAAGGUCGGCUGGUGAAGGUCGAGGGGGAGGAUGAUGAGGACGAGGGUGCGUUCUGA